GUGCUCUUGGCGGAAGUGCUCUUGGCGGAAGUGCUGGUUGCGCGAAUCGUGGGUGGGAUGGCCGCAGGCAGGCGCUUUCUAAGGCUGUUGCGAGCCCCCUGCAGUUCCAUGGCUCAGAGCCCCCUCCCGGGCGUGCCCCCCUCCAAGGGCCUGCACGCGGGGCACGGGCCCCGAAGGCUCUCCAUCGAAGGCAACAUUGCUGUGGGAAAGUCCAGCUUUGUGAAGUUACUCACGAAAAGGUACCCAGAGUGGCACGUAGCUACAGAACCUGUAGCAUCAUGGCAGAAUGUCCAGGCAGCUGGCCCGCAAAAAGCCUUCAGUACUCUAAAUCCCGGAAACUUGCUGGAUUUGAUGUACCGGGAGCCAGCACGAUGGUCCUACACAUUCCAGACAUUUUCUUUUAUGAGCCGCCUAAAAAUACAGCUGGAGCCCUUCCCCGAGAGAGUCCUACAGGCCAAGAAAGGGGUACAGAUCUUUGAGAGGUCUGUGUACAGUGACAGGUAUAUCUUUGCAAAGAAUCUGUUUGAAAAUGGCUCCCUCAAUGACAUGGAGUGGCAUAUCUACCAGGACUGGCAUUCUUUUCUCCUGCAGGAGUUUGCCAGCCGGCUCCAAUUACACGGCUUCAUCUACCUUCAGGCUACUCCCCAGGUUUGUUUGACGAGACUACACCGGAGGGGCAGGGAAGAAGAGAGAGGAAUUGAGCUGGAAUAUCUUGAGCAGCUUCAUGGGCAACACGAGGCCUGGCUUGUUCACAAGACCACCAAGCUGCACUUCGAGACUCUGCUGAACAUUCCAGUGCUGGUGUUGGAUGUCAGUGAUGAUUUUUGUGAAGAUGUAACCAAAGAAGAAGAAUUCAUGGAAAAGGUAAACACCUUCGUAGAUACUUUGUAACCAAUACUAGGAUGUUGUGGCUGUGAUCGGGGCUUCUAGGACUUUCUGAAGCUAGAAAAACACGGAGCCAACCACCUUUCCAUCCCCACCCCCAUGGCCUUUUGCUCUAGGGCUCUGACACUCCACUGUGGUGUCUGUUACCUAAGAUUAUGCCAUGGUCUUCUUUUGUAUCUCAAAGUCUUCUAAAUAAAGUUUAUUUUAAGUUUUGUUUA